UUAUUUAUUUCUCUCUGUCUCGCUCCCUCUCUCUCUAAAUGCUUAAGGUGAAGAGUGCAGAGGCAGCCGAUCCCAAAUCCUGGUUGAAUGGUGCUGGAUCCCAGGAGGAGGAGAAGGAGGAGGGAGCCUGGAAGAAGAGUGAGGGAUCCCCCCCGGGGCUGUGUUGUUGUGGAGCAGGUGUCAGGGUCCCCCUGCGGAUCAUACACACCUCCAGAUCCGGGGUGUCACCCGAGAUCCCCCACCGUACAAUGAGUCUGUCCACAGCAGCCUUUCCCCACACCGCAGCAUCUCCACACGUGACGAUCUGGCUGCUGGGGGGCCACGCGUGACCGAUCCACAGGAACCAACUAAAAGAGCAAAGGUAACAAAUUCGGAACCACCCUGCCUUCAGCGAGUGCCAGCUGAGCCAUGAUCUUCUUAUUCAAUUGAAGUGUCUGGGGGUAAGGGGGGGACUUUUGGCUCCACCCAGCACAUUUUGGGGUGGAAAGACUUGAAUUGGAUUUUUUUAUUUUUUGGGGGAUUUUUGUUUUAGGAACAUCUGUUGCUGCGAAAGACUGAGCCCAGACACCUCUUUGGACUGAUUUCACCUCCCCGCUUGUAUUCCUCGCAGAUCACAUCUACAAUUGACAUUUUUUGGCUUUAGAUUGAACCCUGGGACAGCAAUUGGAACAUUAUGUCAUAAGCAGCUUUGUUGUUGCUCAAUAGCGGCUCAUUAUUGCGAACCUGCUCAUAUUCCUUUGACAAUAUCAGAAAAUACAAGAUUGAUCGGUCCAUUUCAACGUCUUCAAGUGUCUCAUCUUUUUUUUUUUGGAUAGCUGCUCGCCCAUUGACAUUAGUUUGAUGUUUUUUUUUGGAAUAAGCGAAGCGUUUGGCAGACAAUAUAGGCGCUGACUUUUUUUUUUCGCCGCUUCUUUUCUGACACUUGACUAUUGAUUGGCAGGACUGGGGGGGGAGACUUUCUGUUCAGCUGAUUUGAAAGAAUUCUGCAAAUGAUAAAAUCAGCCUUCUAAAUUGUUGGGAAUAUCCGAAAAAAAAAAAAAAAAGACUAACACUGUUUUUGUUUUUUUUGUUGCCAAUAUGAAGCUGAUUUUCAAAUGAUAUACAUGCAAAGAUUUUUCAUUAUUUGCUGUGCUUGCACCAAGCUGUUCCAGAGGAAAUUCGUCCUUGCCGUUGCCUAUUUUUAUUUUAUUUUUUACACCGUAUUUGACUGUCUUUUUUUAUUUCCUUUGCAAAUGAGGAUUUAAGUCGUUUUUUUUAAUUUUUUUGUGAUCUGAGUAAAAGAGCGGGGUACUUUUGUGAGCCAGUGAUGGAGAAGUUGGAAGCUGAGUCAGAUGUGGAGCCUCAGGGACGCCCCCGUUCUUGCACCUGGCCCCCGCUCCCCGAACCCUCUUCGGAUAUGCCCUUGCCUCCUCCUGGCUUGGAUCCAGGGCAGAUGCGCAAAGCCAAGAGUUCGCGCAGGAACGCCUGGGGUAACUUGUCCUACGCCGAUCUCAUCACCAAGGCUAUAGAGAGUUCUCCAGAGCGAAGACUGACCCUAUCCCAAAUUUACGACUGGAUGGUCCGGUUUGUACCCUACUUCAAAGACAAAGGUGACAGCAACAGUUCUGCUGGGUGGAAGAAUUCCAUCAGACAUAACCUUUCCCUACACACACGUUUCAUCCGUGUUCAGAAUGAGGGAACUGGAAAAAGUUCUUGGUGGAUGCUAAAUCCCGAAGGUGGAAAGACUGGAAAAACUCCACGUAGGAGAGCAGCAUCAAUUGACAGUGCAAGUGGAAAAUUUCUAAGAAUAAAAGGCAAAGCUGGAAAGAAGAAGCAGCAAGCACAAACUGCUCCAGAGCAGACUGAAGGCAGUCCUGCUUCCCAACAAGCAAAAUGGUCUGAAAGUCCAGCUUCUCAUACAAGUGAUGAUUUUGAGGUAUGGGCAGAGUUCCAUAAUCGAGCCAAUCCUGUGGCAGGAAACAUGAGUGGAAGACUUUCACCUAUCUUGGGUAAUGAUGAGCCCGAUGAACUAGAGGACGAUGAGGUGACACCCUCAUCACCUCUUAUGUAUCCAAGCCCAUCUAGUGCUCUGUCGCCCAGUGCUCAUUGUUCAGUUGAAAUGCCUAGGCUUGCAGAAAUGAGUGGUUCUAUCGGUCUGGGUGAGGGGCUUUCAGAUCAUUUAUUAGACGAGUUGCAGGAUGGUUACAGUGUAAACUCGGCUACUUCCUUGCGCCAACGCAGCCCUGGGUUCUCCUUCACCUCCAAGUGCCCACCGUUAAGCAACACGUCAAAUGCAUUUUGCGGCACCAUAUACAGUCAGCCAACAAUGGGCAUGAUGAGAAGAUUACCAAUGCAGACAAUCCAAGAGAACAAACAAGCUACUUUCUCACCUGGAAGCACCUACAGGAAUUCUUCCCUCCAGGAUCUUCUCACAUCAAUGUCCUAUGGACAUAAAGAAGCCAUUUCGCAGACUGAUCCAGGUUUAGCUUCUACAAUGGGACCACAACGCAAUCACAGGCAGAACACAGGCAUGCUAAACAACUGUGACUCAGGGUCCAUACCCUACUCUACCAGUUUAAUAAAGAGCCACAAUUUGUACCACCCAUCCACUCUAAACCAUCACUGCUCUGUUAAUAACAGUGCCUUAGCUAGCUUAAGUGGACUGGUAAAUUCAGAAUCUUGCAGCUUGUCCUCAGUUCCACAUCAUUCCUAUUUCAGUAGUCAGAGUGCGCAUGGAAACUUGCUGGAAGGGCCAUACCAAGGUGUGUAUCACCACCACCAUCACCACCACCAUCAUCCCCAAGUUUGCAACCAAGACAGAUUUCCACCAGAUUUAGACCUGGACAUGUUUAAUGGUACUUUAGAGUGUGAUGUGGAAUCCAUUAUCCUCAACGACUUCAUGGACAAUGAUGAAAUGGACUUUAAUUUUGACUCUGCUCUACCACCACAAGGUGGGUUUAACAUGGCUGCUGCAGCACAGCCAAAUCAAAGCUGGGUACAAGGUUAAAUGUAACCAAGGUCAGGUCGUAAUGUAAGUUGUUUCCUGAAGGCAAUCAAACAGAUGUUUAGCAUAACUAGAUAUUUAUUUGAUAUACAAUGUUGGUUUGGUUAUAUUUUCCUGCAAAAUAUGAAAGACCUAGGUUUCUAGAAAUGUCUCUUGUUGGAUAAGGUUGUGGCUUCAAUAUUCUAUAUUAUGGAUGUUAGUUGAAAUUCCAUUUCGUUUUAAUAGCAGAGCUAAAAAAUUAACCUCCCAUAAAAUGUGGAAAGAGCUAUGAGAAUUUGCCUUUAAGGCCUUUGUCCUUCCAAAGGGUUUGAUAACAUGUGUGGUAUGUUUUUUUAAUUUAUUUUUUUCUAUUCAUAAAGGUGAAAGCUGUUCAUGUUCCCAAGUUUAGUCUGAGUAUGAUCAUUAGGGUGUCUCUUUGUUUCAGAAAUAAAACAUGAGCGAAAAGGUUCAAAUGUAGUCGUCGCCUUUGAUGCCCUCAUCUUGUUUAAUACAGUAGCAUUGUACUGUUUUACCACAAAAUUAAAGACAGCCUAUAUGUAAUUUUUGUAACGAAAGAUAACAUUAUUUCUAAAUUUCUCAAAAGUAAUCCUGUGCAUUUAGAUACAAAUUAUAUUAACUGGAUCUUAAGGGUGCCUUAGACUCAACAUUUCAGUAGUUAGACAAAACAAUAAAGACAAAUGCACUUAUGAGAAGGUUGUUCCUAGAAGUAGAGAAAUGUAACCAUGGAACCAAAGAUUGUGUGGUCAUGUGACUGCCAUAUUAACUGUUAACAGUGUCAGAGAUGAUUGGUAAUACCAUUUUAUGUUAAAGGGCUUCAUUCUGAAAGAUAUGUUUUAUAAGAACUGACAAUUGUUCCCAAUUCAGAUUCAAAUAUUCAGGUGCCAACUGUCAGUUUUUAUCCAAAAAUACGAAUACUGUUAAUUGUGCUGCAACACAGAUUUUUAGUUUUUAUUUAGGGGGUCUUUCUUUCAGAAUAAAGCAUUACUUACUUUCAAAGUUGAACU